CCUGCUCGAGAAGAACGACCGCGACAAGGAGAUCCAGAUGCGCCGUGCGGAGGAGGAAGUGGCGGAGGUGACGGCCCGGCAUGCAGCCAUCCUGGACAGGCUGCGGGAAGGCGAUGGAAAGGCGGAGAAUUCUCUGCUCAACGAGAUCCACCUGUCCUUCAACCGUGACUCGGAAAAGGGGGACCUUAAGAGGCGACGUUGCGAUGACAUCGAGGAGGAACUCGAGGUGGACGAGAUCGUCCCUGACUCCAGUUUCUCCGAUCUCUUUGGCCCGCUGAAGGAGGAGGUGUUGGAGGUGUGUGGUCAGCUGAGAGCCCUAGUCGAUCACAUCAGGCAGCAAGAGAAGAACUCUUUAACUUCUCUGGAGACACUUUCCUCUUCCUCCUCCACUUCAUCACAUUCAUUCACUCACUUCAAGGUGGGGAUGUUGAUGGAACUGGUGAAGGAGCUGCGAGGCCUGAUUUUGGCACUGCUGAGGGGUCGGGGGGUCCGCAGCGACUCUCUUUCCCUGGAGGCGGAAGUCCACCAUCUCAGGGAAGCCCUGGAAGCCCUCCAGAUAGACCUACAGGCCAAACUUCAUGACAUCCAGCGACAGGAGUCCCUUGUCCGGUCUCUCCAGCAACAGCUGGAGAUUUGUCGUGUCAAGGAGGAAGGGUUACAAGAGCAGAUCCAGGUGCUACAAUCUGACCUCGAGGACACACAUCUCUCCAAGGAUCAACUCAUCCGCAAGGCGUGGGACGUUCGAGACCAGGCGGUGGCAAGGAAAAACAAAGCAGAGAUCGAGUUGGCCAAGGCACGGAUCGAGAGCCUCCAGGUGAAUUCCCAACUCCUGGAAGCCGUCCAGCAGAAGGUGGAACUCAGUCAGCAGCUGGAACAGUGGCAGGUGGACAUGCAGAGCCUCCUGGACGAGCAGCUGAAGGAGAAACUGAGGAGCCAGGAGCUGGCAAGGAGAAAGCCUUCCACGCCGUCGGUGGAAUCCAAUCAAUCUCAAGGAGGUUCGACCAGGACCGCCCGAUUCUUGCGACUCCUCAGGCGGAGAAGUCGAGACGACUCGUGAUGCGAGACCGAUUCCAUCCGAAAGCAUUAACGUCGCGGAAACCCCGACGAAACGCGUCUGUGAUCCCCU